CUGCUCACCUCCGUCUCCAUGGGCUCCACCUCGAUCCCUUUCCAUAGCUCCAGCAGGUGGGCGAUCGGCAUGCUGCCGGGCGAUGCCUCGCAGGAAGGGAGGAGAAACGAAAUUCAAUUCAGAACGCUGCGGUCGCCGAGAGCAGCUGGAGGAGAGGAGGCACCGGAGCGGGACCCAGCGCGGGACCCUCCUCCUCCCGCUCGGCAAGAUGGCUCCGCGCCGCCCAGCCCGGAGCUGCGGGAGGGGCCGCUCCGUUCCGCUCCCGCACCGCGGCCAAAGUUGCGGCCGAGGCUGCGCUGCGGCGCUGCUAUAGCAACGGCACCGCCGGGGCUGCGGCUCGGUCCCGCUGUGCCCUCCCCCCGGCCGCCCCGCAGCGCAGGGUUCCCGUGAUCCACUUAUGGAGAUACUGGGUAGAAAAGGGACGGAAUUCCACAGAAUAAACAGAUGACAUAUAUGGAACAUCACGGGGGCAGAAGAUAUACAAGCAAGCAAAUGGAAGUUCAGUUUAUCUCUAAGGACACCCAAAUCUGGUCAGAGCAAGAAGUCACGACAGGCAAGAGUUAUGAGUUUUUAAACUAUUUUUCUCCCCAAGGAAACUUUAGUUAACCACAGUCACAUUUUAGUAGCAGAAGUAAUAAUUGAAAAUAUGGUAAGUAGGUCAAGAAUCACAUAAAAAUUAGCUUAACUCGUUUCAAGAACAUGAAAGUGUUUGAUCUCCUGUGUUUCAAAGCCCUGGACUACCAUCCAUCCACUGGAUGGUGGUUUUUAAUCCGUUCUUACCCAUCUCCUGAGUACUGCCUUGUGGCUGCUGCCAGAUGCAGUGUAUGGGAUACCCCAUUGUGUUACAGCAACUCUUGCAUUAUCAGAAGUAGAUUUCUGAAGACCAUUGUCUAUAACUAUAUCAAGAUAUUGGACACAAGUACUUCACACAUCCAGUGCUUUGUGAAAAUGGAAAGUACUAUUUCCCAUUUGAUAUACAGAACAGAAGAGGGACAGAGAAAUAACACAAGGGUUGCUCUGAAAGUAAUCCCUUCUAUUUCAUUAUGUUGGCCCAUGA